AUGAAAAUUAGCAUUAUUUUAAACCUAAUCAAGUUAAAAAAAGAAAGAAGAUAAAUAUAAAAAAUAUUGGACAGCAUCCAUCCAGAAGAAUAACACUUUGCAUGCAAUAAAUAAGAAGAAAUUCUAUAUUACAAUAUAUACAUUUUGACCAUACUUCCUAUUUUGAGAAUAUUAGAAAUAAUAAAGCAUGCCCUUAUUGAAAAAUUCAUUAUCAAAAUUCCAGCAUUUCAUCCUUUCACAAAACAAUAGGUUGAAGAGGAAUCUUUACAUAUUUUCAAUGACUUUCUGGAUUCAUUAUCAUAAAAGGGAUAAAUGAAUGUAAAUAAAUACAUACAUAAUGUCAUUAAAAAGUAAAUCACCUAUUAAGAAGCACUCAAAAUAGCCACGGCUGCCAAAACCCAUCUAUUACAACCUAAUGAUUUCUAGAGGCAAUCUUCAAUAUAAUUAAAGCAUAUCAAUGGGAAUGUGAAAGUGAAAUCUAAAAUGUCUGAUUUUUAUGAAAAUACAGCAGAUGAUCAUUUGCAAAGGAAUUUAACAGAAAAUAAGACAUUUGAUUUUCUAUAUAUAUUUAUAGGUGAUAUCCAUUAUCAUAAAUUGUUGGAAGAUCCAGAUUAUUUAUAUAAUCAAAUCUAACACAUGAAUCCAGAUUACUGGAAAACUAAGUACACUCCAUUAAUGCAUAAAAUAAGUGAAUGUAUUGAUGAAGAUUUAGAAGAAUUUAUAAAGUAAGAAGAUAAAAAUUAGAAUAAAUAAGAAUAAUAAUUGUAGAAAUAAGAGUAUUGUUGUAUAUUGCGAGCAAUUUGUCAAUAUGCAGUGGACGUAUUGAAAAGCGUGAAUGUUGCCACUCUGUAUUAUUAUUCUGUAAAUUACUCGUUUCAGAAGUUUGUGAAUCGUUUGGAUGGAACCUAGGAUUUGCAAAGAAUUUUAUAUUUGACCCAAAAUCAUAAUAAAGAGAGGAAUAUGAAAUAACACGUAAAAGAUUUCUUGAGAGGACGUACGAAUUUCAUAAGAGAGAUAAGAAAUAAGUCUUUGGUUGAUAAGGGAGAAAGAGAGUUGAUAAAAAUAAUUUUAAAUUUCUGAUUUAU